GUUGAUGGAGUUUCCAACCGUUGCUCUAAAGUCAGCUGUUCGUAUGUUUUUGUUUUGUUUAAUUCAAAAUUAUCAGUUACGGCAGCGUCAAAAUUCUAGUUUUUUUUUUCACAAACAAUUCUUUAUAAUUUAUAUUCAAAAUACAAAAAAAUAGCAACGCAAUACCUAUUAAAACGCUAAAAAUAAUUUUCUGUAAAGUAUAAAGAGAAUCAAGAUGACUGCGAUAAAGUCAACUUCGACCUCCGAGCCUAACCCACAGAUCCGCGAAACCUGCAGGGAGCAGUACUUAUUCCUCCUAGAGUUUUACGUUCGUUGCAUCCAAAGUCCUCGACUCGCCAAGCUCAACGAGAUGUUUUACGUACCGACAACCGUUGCGUUUCGUUUUCUCGAUUUCAAAACCGACGACGAGCUGCAACUAACGCCGGUAAACACUCAGUUCCAACCUCAAGCCGGUAUCGCUGACGACAUCGAGCCCUUCUACGCCGGACGUUCGGUGCUAUUUGCUCUAGCCCAAAGUGCUGUGUCCGACGUUUACAGAGAAUUCAAGAUCGACGUCAGCGUAUUCAAGAGGAUGCCCAAGGAGAUUAAGCCAGAUGUAUUGGUCGGCAAGGCCGAGGUCGACCUGAGUGUGCACUUUGCGGCUUUGCGCAAGGAAGUGAUCGAUAGCGUGAAGUAUCCCGAAGCUGCUGUGCCGAAUCCUUCGAAAACCUUCGACGACGAGAUUCCUCUAUUCUUCGAUGAUCGUCUAUGCGGUAAUCUUGGCAUCUUCGCGCGAAUCUCUGCCUACGGUCAAACGAUAAUAACCGAGUUUUCGGCUCCUCGCGACGACAUCUCCGCCGCGAGUUUUCUCUUCAAAGCCAACGAUGCCGAAUGUGAUAACCGUCAAUUGAGCUACAAGUGUCGCGUCCUCGAGCCCGACACUUGUACUCUAUCGUCGAUUCUAUCGGAGGAUGGGGCGGCAAGGAGGAAGGACUGUUUUGUGUGUAAACCGCCGAAGAUGGCCUGUUCGCCCUGUCGAGUUGCUUCCGGAGCGAAGAUCGCGUCGAAGGAUGCGUGCCAGAAGAAGCCCGAGACCCAGUGUGUCUUGGAGACUUGUACGCCGGGUAUACAGACAAGUCGAGGGCCUAAGGAGCCUUGCGGCAAGGCUGUCGUGCUCAAGGUCUCCGGUCUGCUUGACGCCUGCACCGAUGGGAAACCUCAGCAGCCCUGCGUAACCGUCGCACCCGAGAGCGAGGCAACGAAUCCAGCCGAUAUGUGCGACCCGGAACACGACGUUUUCAUUCUUCGGAUCGGUAAGAAGGGCCUCGUCGGUGCCGGGGAGAAGUCCGACAUCCAAUUGGAAAUGCGCACACCGAAAGGUCCGGAGAGGAGACCACCGGUGAGACUGGAAACGCGAGAAAUACAAACCGAGGAGGAGACUAAACAGCGUGGAAAGAAAGGUGGCAAAGGAAAGAAAAAUAAGAAGUGAUAAGAUACAUGCACAUUGCACACGUACAUACAUCGUUCAAGACGAGAAAUCAUCUCCGAGAAAUUGUCGCAAUUUCAAGCGAUCUCUAUCGCUCUCGAGGCGCUUUUUAUCGAGUCGGGACAUGUGUAACCUCAUUUCUCGAGCGUAUACGAUCAACCUUGCGACGUGGCUUUGUCGGAAAACGCAAUUUUUCACGUGCGACUCGUGGGACUCCGACUAACGACGUUGAAUAACUGCAGAUAUGGUGUUAGAGAUAAUGGGUGCAUGCAUGUGUCGCAAAAGAAAUUUGUUUGAUUUGUGCGACUUCAUAAUGUUCGAAUGUUAGAGUAUAACUAUAUGGUUCAUCGUUGCUGCUUGUUUGCAAAUGGUAACCCAAAUGAUCAAGGCGAGUAAUCUUAAUUAAAUUUACGAUGGGUUCUGAUGAUAA